UCAGACAGACAGCAGAGCGGCUGUCCCAAGCUGCGCUGAUCCCUCACUCUCCGGCUCCAAGCUGGAGUCCUCCUGCUGCCACCUGCCUCUGCCACAAUAACAGCCCAAAGCUCCGGCCGAGCCAAAGCACAGCAAAGGAGGCGAGGACACACACCGACCCGGUUCUUGUGCCAUCUCUCUCGGCAUCUACCGAACCCCCCUCUCUGCCUGCCUUCCCCCCUCUCCUCCUCCUCCUCCUCCUCCUCCUCCUCCCUCUGUCCUGCGGGAGGACCGGCUGCGCACUGUGCGCACUUGGCGACCCGGGUUUGUUGUCGUUACCAGGACAGGAGCGCACAGCGACGGCGGCACCACCCGCUGCCCCAUUGAACCGGGCUGCCACCCUCAACGGAGCCACUUGCAUGGAUGAGCCAUGGCCACGUUUGUCUGCAGGGUUCAGUUUUUAGAUGAUACCGAUCCGUUCAACAGCACUAACUUCCCAGAGCCGACCAGACCACCACUGUACACCUUUAGGGAGGACAUCCCCCUCAUCAACCAGUUAGCAGGCGUCCACCGGCUGCUCAAAGCCCCACACAAGCUUGAUGACUGUGCACUCCAGCUCUCACACAAUGGCACCUAUCUGGAUCUGGAGUCCUCUCUGGCCGAGCAAAGGGAUGAACUGGAGGGUUUUCAGCAGGAUGACACAGGGUCCAGAGGGAAGAAGCACAGUGUUAUUUUACGAACCCAGCUGACUGUCCGUGUACACGCCUGCAUCGAAAAAUUGUACAACUCCAAUGGACGCGACUUGAGAAGGGCAUUGUUCUCUUUAAAGCAAAUUUUUCAGGAUGACAAGGACCUGGUCCAUGAGUUUGUGAUGGCGGAGGGUCUGACGUGUCUCAUCAAAGUGGGAGCAGAGGCUGACCAGAACUAUCAGAACUACAUAUUAAGAGCUCUGGGACAGAUCAUGCUGUAUGUGGAUGGGAUGAACGGUGUCAUUGGCCACACUGAGACAAUCCAGUGGCUGUACACACUUGUUGGCUCAAAGUUUCGUCUGGUGGUGAAAACAGCCAUGAAGCUGUUGCUGGUGUUUGUGGAGUACUCCGAGUCCAACGCCCCACUGCUCAUACAGGCCAUAACUAGUGUGGACACCAAGAGAGGUUCUAAGCCAUGGUCCAAUGCUAUGGAGAUUUUGGAUGAGAAAGACGGAGUGGACACAGAGCUUCUGGUCUAUGCGAUGACCCUCCUCAACAAGACACUUGCAGCACUGCCUGACCAGGAUUCAUUCUACGACAUGGUGGACAGCCUAGAAGAACAGGGCAUGGAGACUGUUUCCCAAAGACACCUGGGGAGGAAGGGCACUGAUCUGGACUUAGUCGAGCAGCUCAACAUCUAUGAGAUGACCUUACGGCAUGAAGAUGGUGAUGAUGACAGCAAGCCUCCGCCAAUGGGACGCCGGGACCGUCGUCGAGCCAGCCUCGGGGGCGGAGACAAGAAGCGUGGAUUGGAGAGGAGGCGGAGCCGCAGGGCAUCUCUCGGGCGAUCUGGCCAGGCCUCACCCUGCAGCCCUGCAUCCCCACAGAGAGCAGGCUUCCAUCCUUUUAAUGGACAGAAAACUGAGGAUAUGAGCGAGAGAGAGGAGGAAUGUGAGGAUGGGGUGGAGGAGGAGAUGGAGGAAGAUGAGACUCCAGUGACUGAGUCUGAUUCGGAUGAACAGGAGGGGGCUGAUUCAUUGUCUGGUCAGACCACCCCCAGCCCGGCUAGACCUCUUCCCUCAAUAGUACAUCGAACAACUAUCCAGUCCAUCACCAUCACUUCCAGAGUCCAGGAGACUUUAAAAGAGGAAGAGCAAAGAACUCAAAGCGGACCAGCACCUUCACCUACCAUCAGCUCCCCAUCUACUACCACCCCUUCCUCUCCCGUCUCUUCCCCUCUCAGUCCCCCAGCCCAGCCCUCCCUACUGGCUACGCUACUGGCCAGGAAGAGGUCUGUUGUGACUGUUCCAGCUUCCAAAGACAUCAGCCCACCAUUGCGGGGCAGCAACCGUCCCUCACCUGACCACCUGCCCUACAUGCCUCACUCACCUUUUCACCUGUUCUCCUAUGACCUCGAUGAGGAGCCUUCACCUCCAGCUCCAAUCAAAACCAUUGAUGAAUCACCCAAAACAACGUCUCCCAGGAACGGAGGCCUAACAUCCUACUCCUCUCUGAGCAGCCCGACUACACCCACAAGGCCUGCUCUGGGGGGUCUUUUGUCCUCCUCGUACCGACAACACCAGGAAUCCCUGGCGGCUGAGCGAGAGCGGCGCCGUGUGGAAAGAGAGGAGAGACUGCAAAGGAUAGAAAGAGAAGAGAGGAACAAGCACAGCCGAGACUAUGUGGAUAAAAUGGAAGAGGCCAGGCUUGCACGAGAGGAGAGGUAUAAGAACGUGGAGCGUCUGGCAGCGGAGGAGUAUGAGAGGGAUCGCGUCCGGACAUCGAAAACUCGCCCUGACCUUGACCUGACCUUUGAACCCUCAGAUGCCUGGCCCUCGUCAUCACGUAGCAGCACACCGUCGUCUUUUGCCUCCCAGGAGGAUGCAGAUGCUGACCUUGAAGCUGAGACGCCCGCCACCUCCUAUGCACCCUCUGAGACUGGAGAGGCUGAUGACUCUAGUGCCAGUGUAGAAGCAGAGGAAAAGGAGACGGAGGCCACUGCCGAAGAGGAGGAAGAGCAGAAGGAGGAAAAAGAGGAGGAAGCACAAGAAGAAGAGGAAGAAGAAGAAGAAGAAGCAGCAGCUGUUGCAGAAAAGGAGGAAGCAGAGGAGGAGUGUGAGCAGGAACCAGAGAAGGAGAGGGAGGAGCCGGAGGAGGACAGUGGCAUCUUGAGCGACAAGGAACGGCAAAAUGAGGAGGUGAAUGAGAAGGACAACUGUUCAGCCUCCAGCAUCUCCUCUGCCAGCAGCACUUUAGAGAGAGAGGAGAGGGGCAGCAAUGAGAAUGGCUUUAAGGAGGCAGAGGUGAACGAGCCGUGCAACAAACUCCUCAAUAGCAAACUCUUCAUGCUGGAUAUGUUGUACUCCCAAAACAAGAAACCCAGUGAUGAGGAGGAAGAAGAGGACGAUGCUGACAAGGAGAAAGAGAAAGGAGAGGGGGAGGACAAAGAGAGCCAGGGGGAGGCUGACGGGCAGCUGGGCGACGCUCAGGAGAACAACAACAGGGAGGACAAAUCCGACCACCGCGGGAGCAUUCGUCAAUUCGCUGAGCGCUUUGGGGAUUUGGUCAAAGACCUCUCUUCACCUCAUGGUCACUUAGAGGGCCCGGUGAACGAGCCUCCUCCACCCCCGCCCCCACCCAAAAAGGAAUCGGACACAAUCUGGGACCAGCUCCUGGCCAGCCCUCGGGAGCUUCGCAUCGGUGACAUCAACUUCACCGACCUGACGGAGGACGAUGACAAGGACAUUCUUGAUGCUGUUCUAAUGGGAGGGUGCAGCGACCUCCCACCCCCACCACCUCCUCCACCUUUCAUCCCCCGCUUCCCUCCGCCCCCACCUAUGCUAGGCGUCUGCCCCCCACCCCCUCCGCUGAUUGGGAUUGUGAGGCCACCACCACCACCUUUAUUUAGUGCACCAGCUCCAGCACCUCCUCCCCAAGAACCGCCUCUGUUCAACAAGAAGAAGAAGACAAUCAGGCUCUUCUGGAGUGAAGUGCGACCGACAGACUCUCAGUACAGGGACUACAAGCGAAGUGGAGACUCGUUGUGGUCCAAACUGGAAACAGUAAAGUUGGACACAGCCAAACUGGAACACCUGUUUGAGACAAAGUCAAAGGAAAUGCCAGUUACAAAGAAAACAGCAGCGGAUGGAAAGCGUCAAGAGAUAAUCGUCCUUGAUUCAAAGAGGAGCAACGCCAUCAACAUAGGCAUGACGGUCUUGCCUCCUCCUCGCACUAUCAAGACGGCCAUUCUUAACUUUGAUGAAUAUGCGCUCAACAAAGAAGGAAUAGAGAAAAUCCUGACGAUGAUCCCCACAGAAGAGGAGAAGCAGAAGAUCCAGGAGGCUCAACUGGCCAACCCUGACGUCCCCCUGGGUUCAGCAGAGCAGUUCCUCCUCACACUGUCCUCCAUCAGCGAGCUCUCUGCCAGACUUCAGCUCUGGGCCUUUAAAAUGGACUACGAGGCAACAGAAAAGGAAGUAGCAGAACCGCUGCAGGAUCUAAAGGAGGGUAUGGAACAGCUGGAGAAAAACAAAACUCUGCGCUACAUCCUGUCUACGCUGCUGUCUAUCGGAAACUUCCUCAAUGGAACCAAUGCUAAGGGCUUUGAGCUGACUUACUUAGAGAAGGUUCCAGAAGUGAAGGACACGGUUCAUAAACAGUCUCUGCUGCAUCACGCCUGCUCUGUGGUGGUGGAGAACUUCCCUCAGAGCACCGACCUCUACUCUGAGAUUGGAGCGAUCACGCGAUCUGCCAAAGUGGAUUUUGAUCAGCUGCAGGAGAACCUGUGUCAGAUGGAACGGCGUUGCAAAGCAUCAUGGGACCACCUGAAAGUGAUUGCCAAGCACGAGAUGAAGCCUCAGCUAAAGCAGAAGAUGUCUGAUUUCCUUAAAGACUGUGCAGAGAGGAUAAUCAUCCUCAAGAUAGUUCACCGCAGGAUCAUCAACAGGUUCCAUUCCUUCCUGUUGUACCUUGGUCAUCCUCCUUACAGUGUCAGAGAGAUCAGCGUCCACCGCUUCAGUAAAAUCCUCAGUGAGUUUGCUCUAGAGUACCGAACUACCCGUGACCGCGUCCUGCAGCAGAAACAGAAAAGGGCCGACCACCGUGAACGCAACAAGACCAGAGGCAAAAUGAUCAUGGAUGUCAACGCUCCUUCUGAUGAUGAAGAGGAGAGUGAGUCCGGCCGCUAUGGCUCAGGCAGCAACAACAGCGGCCCCAGUGGCAGCCAGCAGGAAAGCGAGCAGCCUCAGGGUCUGGGCCACGCUGAAGACGCUGUAGAGCACGAGCACAUGAAGGCGGUGCUGAGAACCAGCCUCACAGGAGGAGACAAGGAGGCCAGUGGUGUACCAGGACUCCGCACACGGACACGAUCACGGCCCGGACGGGGAGGCCGCACCGCACAGACAUGGACACCAGCUGUGGAGGAUGCACAGAUCUGUGGAGAAGAUGCUGCAGAUGAGAUCAUGGAGCGUAUAGUCAGAUCAGCCACUCAGGGUCCAGGAACCAGAGCCCAGCCCAGAGAGAGGAGGAGGUCCAGAGCCAACCGCAAAUCACUGAGGCGGACUCUGAAAAACGGUUUGACCCCAGAAGAAGCACUUGCUUUAGGAUUAGCCGAUUCUCCAGACGGACAGAUGUGACCGUCCACCCUUCUGCCCGUCCACACAGAUUAAUCGCCACGUCUUUAACGUUUUGUCGUCCGUCAGUCUCAGUCCCUCUUAGGUUGUUACCAGCUGCUAAUUUUGCCUGAUGUGUCUGAGUGACGAAGCUGCAGCCAUGAUAGUGUCUUUAAGAAAAACGGAAGUCAAAGAAAAGGAACAGAACCAGAAUGUCAGAUACGGACUGAUGAACGAAAUUGGGUGAUACAGCCUCUGCACUAAUUGGAAUCAUGUUAUUUAUCGAAAUGUAUUUUAAGCACAUUAUUAGAACAAAGGGAUCUUUUCUGUUUGUCGACGUCACCAUUUAUUUGAGCUGUGAAUCUUGACUGUAAAGAUUAACAGGAGGUGUUUAGGAAAGAGUUUUAAAGAAUCCCAAAUGUCAAAACUAACAACGAGGCAAAUCAUCCUUUGUGAAAAUGUAAAUGUUUGCUUCUGCAGCUGCACAUUUGACAAGUGACAAACGUACAUGUGUUUUGUAGGAACGUGAAAGGUUUUCAGUCUGAUGAGUGCCUUUCAUUUUAAAGGGACAGCGCUGUACCUUUUCGCCAUCUCUAGUGUUUCAUUCACCUCCUACUUCACAGGUGUCUCAAAUGUCACAUUCACAGGUGUAGUUAUAUCCCACUGAAACUGUAUGCACCAUGGACACAGUUUUUACUCUGGCUAAAUGUUCUCAGUAUUUAUUUGCAAAGCUCAGAUAGUCCUUUUGUCAUCAAAAGACAUUUUGCACCUUACACUUUCUCUCAAUUUUUGUCAUGGUGAAAUAAGUGACUGAUGAAUAUUCAAGGAAAAGGAACACAGUUUUUAUCUCAGAGGAACUGUCUGUAAAGUGUAAAAAGAAAACAAAGAUUAGGACUUUUUUUUAAAAAGAAUUUAAUCUAUUUUGAAGGACAUGCAGAGACUCCUGCAUUAAAUGUGUAAAUGCCCUUGAUAGCUGCGAAGUACUAUAUACCGUAGUACUACAGUGUGCAUGUGUAGUGCGGUUCAUGUUCUGUAUUAUUUUUGUAAUUUCUGUAGAAACUUGUAUUAUAGUCUGGUGUGAAAAGAGGCUAUUCUGUGAAUUGUAUUUAAAAUGAAUAGAAAGACGUCAGCUGAGGAUUCAACAUGUUGCUCAAAGGGGGCGGCGGUUUAUGAGCUGGAUUUGUAACAGACUCAGCGGUCGCAUUGAACUUCAUGAACUUGAACAAGUUGUGGGACAGUUUGGAUAAUAUCUCAUAUAAAAUGCCGGCCUCGCUCACGCUUCAGUGAGCUGAUCAUGCAGCCAGGGUUGCAUACACUUUCACUUGAAAUGCUGUGUAUACACAUUCUGCAAUAAAAAUACAGAAACCAGUGA